AUGGGAGAGAUACUUCGUAUCAACAUUUGGCAGAACCUGCAGGUUGUUGUCCAGAUCGCUACGAAGUACUCGGAUAUCCUUGGCCCUGUCAAGCUCAUCAAGUUGUUUGAGAAGUUUAAGUCAUUCGAAGACCUAUACUACUACUUCAGCCAGAUUCGUGAGGUUGAAUGCAUCUGUCGUGAGAGCAACUACUACAACCUGGAGAAAGUCAAGAACUUCCUGAAGGAGGCCAAGCUUUCGGACCAGCUACCCCUCAUCAUCGUCUGCGACCGGUUCAACUUCGUCCAUGACCUUGUGCUGUACCUGUAUCAGAAUGGUCUCACCAGCUUUAUUGAGGUUUAUGUUCAAUGCGUCAACUUGGUCAGGACGCCGCAGGUCAUUGGGGGUCUCUUGGAUGUCGACUGUGAUGAGACAAUCAUCAAGUCGUUGCUUGCUUCUGUCCCUGGCAACUUCCCCAUCGAUGAACUCGUGAACGAGGUAGAGAAAAUGAACAGGCUGAAGUCAAUCCUUCCAUGGUUGGAGGCACACGUGCAGGCGGGAAACCAAGACCCUGCUGUGUACAACGCGCUCGCAAAGAUCUAUAUUGACUCGAACAACAAUCCCGAGACGUUCUUGAAGGAGGACAAUUUGUACGAGCCGCUGGUCGUCGGCAAAUUCUGUGAGGCCAGAGAUCCAUACCUCGCCUACAUUGUGUACGCGAAGGGUCCAUGCGACGACGAGCUCAUUGCCAUCAUGAAUGACAACUCGAUGUUCAAGCAACAAGCUCGCUAUCCCAUCAAGUGUCGUGAUCUGGACCUAUGGGCGCAAGUCAGUCUCAAUCUGCGGCCAUUUCUCUGGAGAAGGGUGAGUUGGGGAGCGCAAGGGCGGGUGGAUGAACUCACUGUCGCCAGUGUGGGAGACGAGGAGGAAGGUGGUGGUGAGGGAGAAGGUGGAGAUGUGGUGACCAGAGGCAACGGAGAAGGAGAUGGGGGCAUCCAUGGUGGGGAAAAGAGAUGGAGGAGAGAGAGAAAAGACAUUCUCGUGAGAUGCGGGCUGUCGGCCCCGCAGCAGCCAAAUAUUCUUCCCGUCAUCAUCCACGGCAGAUUGCACGACAUCUAA